AUGGAAACUCCCUGUUCAAAAUGGCAUCAUUCACCGUCGCCCAGUCUAGCCAAACACGGCCCACAAGCGUAUCAAACAACAACAACAACCACAGCAACAGCAAGAGCAACAGCAACAGCGAAAUCCAGAGCAUCUACGGCAACCAGAACAAUUAUAUUACCGAGAACAGCAGCAGCAACGGCAACUACAAGAACAACAACGGUAUUACCAAGAAGGAUUACGAAUACGGAAAAUCAAAACAAUAUAAUACUGACGAUCCAGGAGCCCCAACAGCAACAACAACGACCAAUAUCAGUAGCGCAAAUAUACGACGCUACAACGAAUUUGUCAUAUCCGAGCGAGACCGUUACAGAGCCGGAAACUAUAGAGAUUCAAUUGAAGCCAACGCAAAGACUAUUGAUUAUAACGUCAGCGCCUUCAAGUGGCCAACCGAAGAUAGUGCAAAUUCGAAGACAACCGCGAGCGCAAACGCGAACGCAAACGCAAACGCAAACGCUAUUGCAGCAAGCAACACAGCAGCAGCAAGUGCAGCAGCAGCAGAAGCAACAACAAUCGAGGAGAAUAAUCAAUUUACAACAAUUACAAAGAGCACGCUUAGCAAGAUUAAGCAGAAUAGCGAAACCGAGUGCCUCAGCAAUCAGGGUACCCUUUUUACCAGGCUCGCCGUCAACGCCGUCUACAGUGAAACUGAGUUCGCCAAUAAGGAAAAACUCAAACUUGGUGACUUUAACAUCCCCAUUAACGUUGGUAGAAGGUCUACCGACCAACAAUCGAAAUACGAUUACGCAAAUAAAGCAAACGCAAUCCCCAGCGGCUACAAACACCGUCUAUUAUACAACAUUGGAUCUGAAUCCGAAUCAGACGUCGGCGAUCCACACGACUCAAUCACCAAAUUUGUUUGUACCGUUACAACAGCAGCAACAAUCGUCGCAUUCAUCUGUGCAAUUUUCGCAAACGCAAACGCAAACUCAAACGCAACCACCAAAGACACUAGCCGCCAUGGCUGGGAUUCAGUUGACAGGUGCCGACGAGCAUAUGUCACUCGCGUACAUGAGUGGAGCAACGCCUACUGCUACAGUUGAAGAGAUAAAUGUUCCGGUAUUCAUUGAUGAAUAUCUACAGCAGCCAGGAGCUACGCCUACUGAAGCAGCAACCAAUAUCAACUACAGCCAAAUCAGCAGCAGCAACAAUAUUUGCCAAAGCAACAGUAGCAUUGGCAGCAACGCCAACAAUAAUAUCACAAACGGCAACGGAUUUGAAGAUUUUGAUUUUGACAUGGAUUUGUUUGCGGACAGCAGUGACGCAGAGGUAUACAGCAACAGCAACAGCAACAGCAACAACAAUAACAACAACAUAAUUAUCACUACCAACAACAGUGAUAACAACAAUAUGAACAACAGCGACAUCGAUACUGUCGAUAUCUGUGACACCUUAUUUAGCUGCAUAAAUAACAACAACAUUAACAAUAACAACAACAUGUUACAUCAACCAAUAAUAAAAUUUGAAAAUUCGCAUAACUCCAGCGAACAUUUGGCACUUUCGGCCGAGGCCAUGUUAGAAGAAUUCCUAAUGGAUUCAGAUAUCUCGGCAACGAUUGGAUCGCCCACAUUAAAUGAUUUCUCCGAUUUGAGCGAGAAUGCCAUCGACAUAAACCACUGGAAUUUUAAUGAGCCCUUAGUGAGUUCACAAGAUCCGAUGUUCUCAAAUCAAAGUCAAACCUGCAGUACCGUCAACAGUCAAUCAUUCCAAAAUUCAGAGCCAAUAGUGCCGAAAAUUGAGGAGAAUGACGAACUGCCAUGUGAGGACUAUGAUAUGUUGUGUAUGGCACCGCCAGAGGCAGAAAUCGUAGCACCCAUCAUCAUACCAUCAUCAUCCAUUCCAACACACAAUAGUCGUAUGCAGCAGAAGCGGUUGAAGCUACAUUUAUCGGCCGAAACAGUAGCAGACCCACUAUCGACACCAACCAUACUCCGUGGUCUUGCGGAUCUACAGAAUGAACGCAUGGCUGUUGAUUCUCCCAGAUAUAUGGAGAGUUCCGUCAAUGACAUCGUAGAAGCUUUACAAGACAGUACAAAUCUUCAAUUCGUUUACACCGAAGAUGAUUUGCCAUCAACGCCGCAAAGUUACACAUCAGCGACGACAUACACCAACGAGUACACACCCAGUUCACCCGCGCAUUCAAAUAUAUCGUUCAAUCAGCUGAAUACCAGCAGCAGUGCCAGUAACAAAAAGAAACGCGGACGCCCAGCGAAGGCCCAUAGUGAUCAACCGGAUCCUAUGCAAUUGGAGAACAUGUCCGAAUCUGAUCGUAAAAAGCUGUUGGAUCGCGCGAAGAAUAACGAGGCGAGCCGCGUGUCGCGUAGAAAAAAUAAACAACGCGAAGAAAGCGAAAAGGAAAUGGAGCACAAACUGUUGGAGGAAAAUUCAAAGCUUAAAGCUGAAUUUAGUAAUAUCAAUCGGGAGAAAUUAAAACUGAAACGAGCUCUAGAGCGGGGUCUGCGUAAUCGUACUCAUUGAAUUCACUUGUCCAUCUAAUUCAUAGUGAUCUAUUCAUUUAUUACAUUUGUUAACUGUUGGUUACCUAAAAAAAAAAAACAUAUUUGUAAACAUACCUACGUUAAACGUUUAUGCAGCAAAAUAUUAAUAUAUACAUACAUAUAUGUAAUACUAUAUACCUAUUUUAAGGUGUUAUGAUUAGGUUGUUCAAUUGUAGACAUAUGUGUAUGCAUGCGUUGGCAUGUAAAUAUGUAUACUCCACUAUUGUGUUGUUAUUAAAAAAAAAUUAAAAAUAAAAAAAAAACAGUGGAGAUUUAUAUUUCGUAAUCAAACAAAUACUUAUAUUUUUGAAUUUUAUAAGAUGCAUAUUAUAUAUACAUACAUACAUUUUUAAGUUUGUAUUCAAGUAAAUAUUCUUACACUUAAUUUACAAAGUAUAAACAUAUACAAUAUGUAGUUUUUAAACAAAUGAAAUAAAAAUAGAUCGUUAGUUUAUAAAACAAGCGGUCAGUAAACAAACAAAAAA